AUGUCCCAGCGGCUCCGAGCCGGGCAGCAGCUCAGCCCCCCGGCCCCGCUCCCCGCGCUGCUGCUCGGGCUCCUCUUAGCAUCCCCCGGGGCUCCAGGUGAGAAUGUGGACAGCAAACUGGAGCCAUGGAGACAGCAGAUGCCAAAGGACCAGUCACAAGUUUACGAGAUAACUGUUCCCUUCCUUCUAAAUGGAGAAGAGUGGAGACCAGUAAAUGGCAUUUUUUCAAAGAGUCACCCAGCACUGCUGCAGUUUGUAAUAGAAGCUGAAGGCAAACAUCUAGUCAUCAAUCUGGAGAGGAACGAGGGCCUGUUAGCCAGGAGCUUCACAGAAACCCACUAUUUGAAGGACGGCACCGAUGUUGUCCUCGUGCGCAAUUACACGGGUCACUGCUAUUACCACGGCCACGUGCGAGGGUUCCCCGGCUCCUCCGUCAGCCUCAGCACCUGCUCAGGACUCAGGGGAAUUAUUGUUUUUGAAAACAAAAGCUACAUUCUGGAGCCAUUAGAAGGUGCUACAAGCGAACACAAGAUCUACCGAGCAGAGAAUUUGAAAAUAGCCCCAGGAUCUUGUGGCCACCAGCUGGACAUCUCUGCCAUGGGACCUGGUGGCAAUGACACAGCACACCAUUCCCAAGCUGGCAGGUACAAGAGGGAGACUCUGAAGACAAUGAAGUAUGUGGAGCUUGUUAUUGUGGCAGACAAUCGGGAGUUUCAGAGACAAGGCAAGGAUGUGGAAAAAAUCAAGCAGAGGCUGAUAGAAAUUGCAAACUAUGUUGAUAAGUUCUACAGGCCACUCAAUAUCCGAGUAGCCCUGGUUGGAGUGGAAGUUUGGAAUGACAUGGAUAAGUGCUCUAUUUCUCAAGACCCUUUCACCAGCCUCCACGAGUUUCUGGACUGGAGAAAACUGAAACUACUACCUCGUAAACCCCAUGACAAUGCACAGCUGAUAAGUGGGGUGUACUUCCAAGGAACUACCAUUGGCAUGGCUCCCAUCAUGAGCAUGUGCACUGCAGAGCAGUCUGGAGGGGUCGUCAUGGAUCACUCGGAAAACCCUCUUGGUGCAGCAGUCACCCUGGCUCACGAACUGGGCCACAAUUUUGGAAUGAAUCAUGACACGUUGGAGAGGGGCUGUAACUGCAAAGCAUCUACUGAUAAAGGGGGAUGCAUCAUGAACCCGUCCACUGGCUAUCCAUUUCCCAUGGUAUUCAGUAGCUGCAGUAGAAAGGACCUGGAAAACAGCCUGGAAAAAGGAGUGGGAAUGUGUCUGUUUAACUUGCCUGAAGUCAAGGAGUCCUUUGGUGGGCAGAAGUGUGGGAAUGGCUACGUGGAAGAUGGAGAGGAGUGUGACUGUGGGGAGCCUGAGGAGUGCACGAACCGCUGCUGCAACGCCACGACCUGCACCUUCAGCCCGGGAGCCGUGUGCGCGCACGGGCUCUGCUGCCAGGACUGCCAGUUAAAACCAGCGGGGAUUUCUUGCAGAGAGUCGAGCAAUUCCUGUGACCUGCCCGAGUUCUGCACGGGCUCCAGCCCUCACUGCCCGGCCAACGUGUACCUGCACGACGGGCACGCCUGCCACGGGGUGGAUGGCUACUGCUACAAUGGCAUCUGCCAGACCCACGAGCAGCAGUGCAUCACCCUCUGGGGCCAAGGUGCGAAACCUGCUCCUGGGAUCUGCUUUGAGAGGGUCAAUUCUGCAGGAGAUCCCUACGGCAACUGUGGCAAAGACUCCAAGAGCUCCUUUGCUAAAUGUGAACCCAGAGAUGCAAAAUGUGGAAAAAUUCAGUGUCAAGGAGGAGCAAAUCGACCCGUCAUCGGGACCAAUGCUGUUUCCAUAGAAACCAAUAUCCCACUUCAGGAAGGUGGCAAGAUUCUGUGUCGUGGUACCCACGUGUACCUGGGGGAUGAUAUGCCUGACCCUGGUCUCGUGCUGUCAGGAACCAAGUGUGAAGAUGGCAAAAUUUGCCUUAAUCGCCGGUGCCAGAACACGAGUGUUUUUGGAGUCCAUAAAUGUGCAACUAAGUGCCAUGGACGUGGGGUCUGCAACAAUAAGAAGAACUGUCACUGUGAGGCAGACUGGGCCCCCCCCCACUGCGACCAGCCCGGCUUCGGUGGCAGCGUGGACAGCGGCCCGAUUCGGCAAGCAGAUAACAAGAGUUUAAGCAUAGGAGUGUUGAUAACCAUUCUGUGCCUUAUCGUUGCUGGAGCAAUCAUGUAUCUGAAAAGGAAGACUUUCAUGAAAUGGCUGUUUACAAGCAAAAAGACAACAAUAGAGAAACUAAGGUCUGUGAGCCCAGCAAGACCUUCCAGUUCAUCGGAGCCUAAUCGUGUUCAUACCACAUCUCUCAGUAAAAGCCUCAUCACGAAGCCACAAAAUGCAAACAUACAAAAAAGAGAUGCUCCAAGGAGACCCCUGCCAUAUCAGAUCAUUGACAUCAGUAACCCUGUGAAGACACACAAUCUGCCACAAUUAAAAACACCCCAGCGAGUGCUACCACCCCUUCCCCAGCUGACAUGUCAUGAAGCUGUGCCUGAAAGACCCUUGCCAGCCAACCCUUCGCUGAGGUUCACCCAGGAGCCCCACAAGCCAAACCCUCCUCGGAAGCCUCUUCCAGCCGACCCUCUGACCAAGGGGCGCUGCCACGGGGCCUGCACCCCAGGACCUGGGCACACAAAACCUCUGCCUCACCUUGCUCCCCUAAGACCUGCUCCUAAGCAUCCACCACAGGUGUCCAGGCCCAGCAACGCUGCUGAUGUGAAAUGA